AUGGCUGCACCUGUGUUGCUCCUGUGCUCCUUGGCCCUGCUGUCGGCACUGAGGCCCGGGGCUGGGGUCACCUUCAUGGAAGAAGAAGCGCAGCCUGGACUCACCUAUGAAGAAGUGCCUGAAAUACUGGAUAGAAGUAACACGAACUCCAAACAGGCCACACGUAUCACAUCACUUCAAGAUGGCGAGGUCGGCUUACAAAGUGAAGAAGUCAUUUUGACGCCUGAGGAAGAAAAUCCACUCAGGAGAAUAUUGCAGCCGUUUAACUGGCACCAGCCGGGCAUGUCUCUCAAUAAAAGGAAGCUGCUCCAGUCUCUAAUGGGACCGUAUGGGCCACUGAGUGUGUCGUACAACGGAAAAACAUGCAUUUUGUUCAAAGCAAAGCGCUUGGCAAUUCGCUACAGAAAUCACACGUUCAUCGACCUGACUGAGAGGGUGUUUAACCCCAACUCACCAGUGGACACCAGAGGCUCCAUCUGCACCAAGGAGAAAGCCACACUUUCAUUGAGGUUUGGAGAUAUAGAAGACUUGCGAGGCCUGAUCAUCAGGCUUCAAAUGUCUAAUACUUUUUACGAGGCAGCAGGACAAAACUGGUUCACUUUAGACAGCGUCCACAUUCACUAUAACUGGACCCAGGAGGCCACUUUCAACGCCAGUGAAGUGUACGCCCCGGCCACGUCGUCGUACCACUGCCAACACGUCAGCAGUCUACACAAAUACGACACUCUGCUUGUGCCCAGCUCCCACACAGACACUUCGGCUAACUGGCACAUCACAUUCACAGAUUUCCAGAUCCAGGCCUUCAACGUUCAGUCGGACAAGUUUGCAUCGGCCAGUGAUUGUGCCACCUUCCUGACGCCGGCCAUUUUGAUGGGUUUGGUAACCUCACUGAUCCUGCUGCUGGUUCUGGCGUACGCUCUGCACAUGGUGGUUCACCUCAAGCACAUUGACCGCUAUGAGGAACACAAAGCAACGGUGUACUUUCCCCGCAGUCCAGAGGCGGAAUUACCAGACAAGAACAGUCUGUGA